CAUUAACGUUUUGUGUAUGAGAGAGAAAAGUCAAGGAAAAAUGUGUUUUAACCGCUUUAAAAGAAAGUGAAAUAAUUACUAAUUAAAUUUACAUAAUUAAAAAGUAUGUUCUGUCACUAUUGAUUAUUGAUUUCUCACGUGUAAACAAGUGUUUUAUAACUUUUAAAAAAGACAAUUUCAUCUAUAUAGAUUGCGGAAAGCCAUGCACAACAUAACCUAUAAAUUUACAUUAUUUACGAGAAUUAAUGUAUAUUAAUAUUUAUAAACAACAUUCCAGAAUAUAAUAAUAAGCGCGGAUAUAAAAAAAAACCGCCCCGAGAGACGAGACAAAAAUAAAAUUAUUAAACCUAAUAAAAUAAAAAGAGAAAAAAAAAUGUAUUUCUAUCCAAACGAAUGUUACGUUUGUGAGGCAACGGAUUCAUUGAAACAAUGUGGUAGUUGUAAAAUGGUCUCAUAUUGCGGUGAGCCACAUCAAAAAGUCGAUUGGAAAAAUCAUAAAACAUUUUGCCGUGCUAUUUCCACUUUAUUGAAAAAAAAUCAUCAAUCACAUUUAUUUGAGGGACUUAAAGGUUUAUCGCGUCACAAAUGGAUGGACGAAAGUAAAAAUAUGUGGCCAGAAAUUAUUUUACUUUUAAAUCGUUCAUUCUUUCCAAAUGAAGAGGAAAUGUUACAAUUUCCACGCGUUUGUUUCAUAUGUUUUGAGGCACGACAAAAUUUAUUGAAAAAUUGUCCCAAUUGUCCAUUCGCAAGUUUUUGCAAGGAACAUCCAACAAGUCCAAUACACGAUAAAAAUUGUCACGAGAUAAAAAUGGUACACGACAAAAAAGUUCUCGUCGUACCAUCCGAAGAACGAAUACAAUUAAAUAUUCUUGUUGCAUCGUUAAAAAAAUCCGACAAACCACCACUAUCAAUGGAAGAUCUCAUGGAACAACAAUUUGGCAAACAAACAGAAAUCGAGGAGAAUGUAAAAUAUUAUGUAUCAGAAGCAAUGAGCGUGCCAUUAACGCUCUAUAAUGCAUUUCAAAAAUUAAAUCAACCAUUACAAUCAGAAAUUGUUGUACACGUUCAAGGUGUUGCCAAUGUUCAUGUUUUUGUACAAUCAUGGGAAUCAAUUUUACAUCUAAUGCCACACAUCAUAUCAUUGACAAUUGUAUUUAUUGAUAGUAAACAAAAUUCCUGUACAAAUGUCACAUUAUGCAAUAAAUGUGUAAUGGGUAAAAAAAAAUUAAUUGUCGAAGUACCAACAUUGCCAUAUGUGAAAUAUGUAAAGAAAAAAUCAUGUCGUAAACCAAAUUUAUUGGCAAUGUUUAUGAUGGAUUUAUAUUAUUGUACACGCGAUCAAUUUCGUAUGUGGCAUGAGAAUCUUGAUUAUUGGAAUACAUCAUCAUGUCCAAUUGUCAUUGCCUAUAAGGGUAAUGUUGAGAGAUUUGUCAUUGAAAAUUUACAUCCAUAUAUUUGUAAUUCAUCAUUUUAUUAUAUGGGAUUAAAUAGUUUUUCACCACUUUAUCCAUGUUUAAAUCCAUAUGAUUGGACGUGUUGUAAAAAUUCAAUGAAUUUAAUAAUUGCAAAAAGUCCACGUGAAUCAAAAACAACAACAACAACAACGGGAGCUUUAAUGAUGGAUGGAACAUCAUUGGAAAAAUAUCAAGAAGAAGACGAUAUUGAUGAUCCUGAUAAUUCAAUUGAAUGGAAAAAACGUUUAUGGAGAAGAUCAUUUUAUCAUAGUGUUUGUUAUGUUUGUCAAUCAAUGAAUCCAAUGUUGGCAUGUAAAAAAUGUAAAAUGAUAUUUUACUGUGGUGAAAAUCAUCAACGUGUUCAUUGGCCAUAUCAUAAAAUGAUUUGUCGUGCAAUAUUGGGAAUGUUAAAUGAAACUGGUGCAACAAGUGUUUUUGAUAAAUUGCCAAUUGAUAAUGAUGCAUUAUGGUUAAAGGGUAAAUUUGAUUUAUUAAAAAAGACAGAAUUAAAAAUUGGCAAAGAACUUUUUGAUGGUGAACGUGAAAUGUUUUUAUUUCCAAAAACAUGUUUCAUUUGUCAUAUCAAUGAUUCGAGUAUUUUGAAGAAUUGCAAAUGUGGGAUAAGUUUCUGCAAAAUUCACAUGAGAAAUGCAAAUCACAAGGAGAAUUGUAAAGAUUUUUCACUAUCAAGAAAAUUAAUGUUAAUCCUUGAGCCACGUGUAAUGCAUCUUGAUGUUAAAGUAUUAUCAAAAAAAAGUAAUAAUUUUCCCGAGAAAAUUGAGGAUUUCAUUAGAAAUUAUUUAAAAUUUAAUAAUGAAGAUUUUGGUAUACCAAAUAUACAAAAUAUUUUACUCUCUGAUUAUUUAUCGCGUACAUUAACAUUUCUCUAUUGUGCCGAAUGUUUAAUGGAUCCAUGUUAUUUUGAAAAUGAUUCAUUAGUAAUACAUGUGAUUGGUGCAACAAUGCGUGAAAAAUAUGAAGCUGUAUUUUGGAAAUUUAUUCUCUAUUGGUUUGAUCAUAUGAAAAAUUUAAAAAUUAUUUUUAUUGGACCAGAAGUUGAAACAAAAAUACCACCCACACAACAAACGCUACUUGUACGUUUUGAUUUUUCUUCAAUUGCUUAUAUGCGUUAUCAAAAUUUGGAAAUAAAAUCCUAUACAAUGAAAUAUGAAGAUUAUUAUCGUCAUCAAGAAUUUAUUGUACCGGAUAUUGUUAUUGGAUUUAAUUUAAAUAUUCAUGAAAGUGAUGCAAAUACAUGGGAUGAAGCGGCUAAAUGUUUAACAGAUAUUAAUUGUUAUUUUAUAAUGACAGCCAAAAGUAAAGCGCGUUCAUUUAAAGAUGAUAAUUCAAUGGAGGCGAUUUUAGAUAAAAUUGAUUAUUAUACAUUAAAUUAUGGCAAUGGAUUAAAUCCAUACGCGAGUCUUAUUCCUGAACGUGAUUAUGAGACAGAGGGUCUUUGUUAUUCGAAUAAAGCAAUUACAUUUUGUACAAUGUUUGAAAAACGUUAUCGACCAUCGGGCAAAAGUCUCGCCGAAUUGAAAAUUGAAAUGGUAGCGAGUCAAAAGAGAUUGGAGGCAAUGUUACGCGAUCAAAAGAAAGCUGAAAUAAUGCCAGAAGAUAGUCCUAUGAAGAAAAACUGCGAAGAAUUGAAUGCGUUAGUAAAAUGUUUGAAUGAGGAAAAAUUACCUCAACUUGAGGCAUUAUUUGAAAUGGAGGAAAAAAUUGAAUUAGUUACAGAAGUAGAGAAAAAAUUAUCGGAAAUUAAACUUUCUAUUGAAAAAGACGAUAAAAAUUGUGAUAUUGAAAAUUCUAUUGAAAAUAAUAACAUAUCAAUUUCAAGUCAAUUAGAAGAGAAUUCUGAUAAUGAAAUAAAUGAUAAAAAUCUCGAACAAGAAUUACAGGCAGAGAUUUUGGAAAUACAAAGAAAAUUUGAAAGAAAAAUGCCCGAAACACAAAAUGAAAAAUUUGAUCGUAAAAUACGUAAAGCAAUGCGUAGAAUUGGAAAAUUAGAUUUAAAAGAUGAACAAAAAGAAAAUACACUGAAUGGAGAAAAUUUUGAAACAAAUAAAAUAGAUGACAAAGACGAAGAAAAUGAAGAGUUUGAAGAAAAAAUAGAUGAAACUGAAAAUGAAAAUGGAAAAUUAAAAUAUGUUAACGAAAGAACAAUAGAAAAAGAAAAUUUAGAAAACAUAAAUGAAGAGAAAGAAGAGACAAUAAAAGAUGAUAAAGAACGAAAAAUAAAAAUAGAAGAUGAACGAAAAUUAAAUGUAGAAAAAUUAAUAGAAGAGAAGGAAGAGAAAGAAGGAAAAAUAAAAGAAGAAACAGAAGAGAAAAAGGUGAAAGAAGAAAAAAUUAAAGGGGAAAAUGAAGAGAAAGAGGGAAAGAUAAAGGUAGAAACGGAAGAGAAAGAAGAAACUGAAAAUGAAGAAGAAAAAUUAAAAGACGAUAAAGAAAGAAAAUUAAAAAAAUAUGAUGCUGAUAAACGGAAAUUAAAUGUAAAAGAAGAGAUUAAAGAAAGUUUAAUAAAAGAAGAAACUGAAGAUGCAGAUGGAAAAUUAAAAGAUGAUAAUGAAAGAAAAAUAAAAAAAGAAGAAGAACGAAAAUUAAAUGUAGAGGAUAAAGAAGGAAAAAUAAAAGAGGAAACGAAAGAUGACAAAGAAAAAUUAAUAAAAAAUAUGGAAGAGAAAGAAGAAAAAAUUAAAGAAGAAGUGGAGGAAGAAAUAGAAACAAAAGAAAUACCGAAAGGAAGAGAAGAUAAAGAAGGAAAAUUAAAAGAAGUAAAGGAUGAGGUAAAAAUAAAAGUAAAAGAAGAAAAAGAAGGAGAAAAAAAUGAAAAUAAUACAAGUGUAAAAGAAGAAGAAAAAAAUAAAGAAAAAAUGAAAGCAGAACCAGAAAAAGAAGAAACAAAACAAGAGAAGCCGCAAACAGAAAAUUCUUCAAUUGUCACUACAAAUUCAAAAUACGAGAAAAAAUUGAAAAUCGAAGCACAAAAUGGAAUAAUUGUCGUUGAAGGUAUAAAAAUUGAAAAAAGACCAAAACAAGAAUUAGAAAUAAAGCAAAAAACUGAAAAUUAUUCUCUUGUCUCUUCCACUUUAAAAAAUGAAGACAAACCAAAAGUGGAUGAAAAAUUAGAAGUCAAGGAAAUUCUCGAAAUUGAAAAGAAAUCAGAGAAAAAAUUGCAAAUUGUCAAGAAAUCAGAAAUUACAAAUAAAUUAGAAACUAAUGAAAAAUCGAAAAUCGAAAAAAAUGAAACAACUUCUGUUGAAAAUAUCAAAAUAAACGAAAAUAAAAAUAAAAAGAAGGAAGAAAAACAAAAGGGAAAAUCAAUAAAAGAUGAACCAAAUUCAUCGAAUCAAAAUGUCACCAAUAAUUUGGAUAAUAUUGAAAAUAUAAAAGCAAAAGUAACAAAAAAAUCCCCUGACGAAGCAAAAGCCGAAGAAAAAGUAGAAACACCAAAAGUUAAAAAUGACGUGACAAAAAGCAAGAAAUCGAAAAAUAAAAAACAAUCCAAACCAGAAACAAAGGAAAAUGAGGUAACCAACAAUGAAAAUAUUGAGACAACAAUUAAACAAGAAUCCAAUAAACCAAAAUCAGAACCUACUCCAAUUGAGAGUAAAAAAACAAAAAAUAAAAAACAAUCAAAAAUUGAUAUUAAAGAUAAAGAAAUACCUAUUGAAAUUGAAAAACAAGAAAAUUCCAAAACACCGGAAAAUAAUAGUCAAAAUAUAAAUAAUAAAAAAUCGAAAAAUAAAAAAUCCAAAAACAAUUCCAAGGAAAUAAUUGACGAAGAAGAUGCAAGCGGAGUGAAAGAAAUGCCAAAAAUAGAAAAUGCAGGCGGUAGUAAAAAAUCAAAAAAUAAAAAACAAUUAAAAACAGAAAAAGAAACAAUAACAGUCGAAAGUAAUGAUAAAUUAGAAAAUAAAAAAGAAAUUGAUAAAAAAGUUGAAAAUAAUACAAAUGAUAAAAAUGAAUCGAAAAAAUCAAAAAAACAACAAAAAAUUGAUGCAAAAAAAACAUUGGCAGAGAAUAGUGAAAAAAUUUCAGAAAAAUUGAAAAAUGAAAAUAUCAAAAAAUCGAAACAACAAAAAAAUCAUACAAAAUGUGAAAAUGCAAUGGAAAAUGCUCAACAAAUUGAAAAUACUCUUUUAAGAGAAAGAAAUAAACUUUUAGAAGAACAUUUAUUUCUAAUGCGUGAAAAUGAGAAAUUAAAAUUAGAAAAUUCACGACUAAGAGAAGAAAGUGAGAGACUGAAAAAAGAGAAGAAUGAAAUUAUCAAUAAUAAUGAUGAUGACGAUGACAACGUUAAUUAAGUAACGAUUUAAUGCAUAAGUAAGCAUUGUGAUUUCUACUUUUAUAAUACAAUAUAAUAUAUUAUAAAUGUAUAAUAUAAUAUCAGGAAAUAAUUUAUCAAUAAAUGUGAUAAUUAUAUUUUUUUAAUUUCAAAUAAAAAAAAAAAUAUAAUAUUAUAAUAUAAUUGCGAAUUUAUAAUGUUAAGUUGAAAAAAAAAAAAAAAAAAAUUCUACAAAUAUUAUUUAUAAUGAAUUUCAAAUUGUGAUUAAUUCUGUGUAAUUAUAUUUUAUAUAUAAAUCAUCUUUUUGUAUUUUUAAAUGACGACACAUAAUUUG